ACACCUUCACACACCAGACCUCUUCUCUCAUCACUGGAAAACUCCUACAGCCUCAUCCACCACUGAGAGCAAACUAAGAAUAAUGUCAGCCAGUUUAAAUGUUGCUGUGGUCCUCUGUCUCCUGCAAGUCCUCCGCAUCACUGCAAACAUAGACAGUGGCUCCUUCCUGAUCUUCAACGAGGACCACAACAAGUGCAUAAAGGCGGAGAGCGCCACCUCCAUAACGGUGGCCGCCUGUGAUCCUCACGCCAAAGAGCAGCAGUUUCGUUGGGCCUCAGAAUCGCGCAUCCUCAGUCUGUCCCUCAAGCUCUGUCUGGCGGCCACAGAGAUUAAAGACUGGGUGAAGGUGGUGUUUUUUGAAUGUGAUGAGAACAGUGCCCUACAACACUGGCAGUGCAAGAAUGAGACCCUCUUCGGUCUAAUAAACGAGGACCUGCACUUAAACUGGGGAAACCGUAAUGAGAGGAACCUGAUGGUCUACAAAGGCUCAGGGCUCUGGAGUCGCUGGAAGAUAUACGGCACCCGGGGUGACCUUUGUUCAAAAGGGUUUCAAGAGGUUUUCACAAUAGGGGGCAAUGGCUUUGGACUCCCCUGUCAGUUCCCAUUUAAGUAUGAGCAGAAGUGGUUCGCUGAAUGCACAAAGGACGGUCGCUCCUCAGAUGGACAGCUGUGGUGCGCAACGGAGAGAGAUUACAACAGUCAGAAGAAGUGGGGCUUUUGUCCCAACGAAGCAUCCAAAGGUUGGGACGCUGAUCCAGUCACAGGAGUUCAGUAUCAGAGGAACCUACAGUCAGUGUUGACGUGGCAUCAAGCCAGGAAGAGCUGCCAGCAGCAGGGAGCCGACCUCCUCAGCAUUGUAGAGCUGCAUGAGCAGUCGUACAUUUCAGGGUUGACAAAUCAUUUGGAAACGUCUCUAUGGAUUGGACUGAACAGCUUGGAUUUUGAGAGUGGAUGGCAGUGGAGCAACGGAAACCCUUUCAGAUAUUUAAACUGGGCUCCAGGUCAUCCCUCGUCAGAGCCCGGGCUCACCUGUGCAACUUUAAAUGCUGGAAAAUCCUCAAAAUGGGAGAGCAGCACCUGCACCAAGAAACUCGGUUACAUGUGUCGCAAAGGAAGCUCGACCAGUCCGCCUCCACCACCAAACAAAGAGCAGCCCAGCUUCUGCCCCAGUCACUGGGUCCCAUAUGCAGGUAACUGUUACUACCUGCAGAGGAGUAAAAAGAUGUGGAGGGACGCUCUGGCUGCGUGUCACAAAGAGGGAGGAGAUUUGGCCAGCAUACACAAUAUAGAAGAGCAGAGCUUCGUCAUCUCUCAAUCUGGAUACUUGCCGACAGAUGAGCUUUGGAUUGGCCUGAAUGAUCAGAGGAACCAGAUGCUGUUUGAAUGGUCUGAUCACUCCCACGUUACCUUCACCCAGUGGCAGACCGGUGAGCCAUCUCAUGCCACCAACCUCCAGGAAGACUGUGUGCUCAUCAGAGGAAAGGACGGGAGGUGGGCUGACUACAUGUGUGAGAAUACGUAUGGAUACAUCUGUAAGAAGAAAGCCUCAAUUAAACCAGCUGAAGGCGCCCAAGAGGACGCCAACCCAGGAUGCAAACUUGGCUCAAUCAGGUUUGGUUCCUAUUGUUAUAAUGUUGGAUCUGAGAAAAAAACCUUUGAAGAGGCGAAGCAAGCAUGCGCCGCGGCUGGCGCUCACGUGGUGGAUGUGACUGAUAGAUAUGAGAAUGCCCUCUUGGUCAGUUUGGUGGGCUUGAGACCAGAGAAGUAUUUCUGGACAGGUUUAUCGAACACAGCCGACAUAAACACUUUCAGGUGGACCACCAGAAGAAAAGUCACAUUCACUCAUUUCAAUGUGGGCAUGCCAGACAGAAACCAAGGAUGUGUUGCAAUGACAACCGGGGUUUUUGCUGGAUUAUGGGAUGUCGUCAGCUGCAGCAACAAGGAGAAGUAUAUCUGUAAGAAACCAGCAGUGGGUGUACAUGUGACAACAGUCCCACCCACCACCCCCACCCUGAGCUGUGAGUCUGGGUGGAUCCCCGCUGCCAGGAGGAGCGUUUGCUACAAACUUUACAAAAAAAGUGAGAGCCUUAAGAAGAAUUGGAAUGAAGCGCAGGACUUCUGCAAGGCCAUUGGUGGGAUGCUGAUGAGCAUACACAGUAUGGCGGACUUGAACAACGCUCCGUUUCGUUCCUCUAGCACAGCCUGGAUUGGCCUCAGCCGAGGUACCAAUACAGGUUAUGGAUGGACUGAUGGGUCGCCUUACGAAUUUGAGAACUGGGACUAUGGGGAACCAAACAACCACAAUGACAACGAACACUGUGCAGAAAUCCAAACUCGCUACAAACAGCACUGGAACGAUAUUCACUGCGAGUCCAACAACAACUGGAUCUGCCAGAUACGCAAAGGUGAGAAACCCAAACCUGAGCCUCUCAUAGUGAAACAAGUGUACAACACUACAGAAGAUGGCUGGCUAAUCUACAAUGACACACAGUAUUUCAUCAACACUGAAGAGCAAGACAUGGAAACUGCUAGAGCCUUUUGCAAAAAGGGCUUUGGUGAACUUGUGGUCAUCACAGGGGAGAGUGAGAGGAAGUUCCUUUGGAAACAGAUAGUAACACUUAACAGAGGACAGUACUACAUUGGCAUGACAGUGAAUUUGGAUAAAUCCUUCAGCUGGCUGGAUGGCACCCCUGUAACAUACACAGCAUGGGAACACAAUGAGCCCAACUUUGCUAAUAAUGAUGAAAACUGUGUGACUAUAUACAAGGGCAUGGGGUACUGGAAUGAUGUUAACUGUGGUGUGAAGCUACCUUCUAUUUGCAAAAGAAGCAGUAGUUUUAUCAAUACAACAAUGGCCCCAACCACUAUUCCUAAGGGAGGAUGUGCACCAGACUGGCAAGCUUUCCAAGGAAAGUGCUAUAAAAUAGUUGUGGGGAAAGAAAAGAAGAACUGGCAGGACGCCAGGACACACUGCAUUAACGAGGGAGGAAAUCUGAUUUCUAUCACCAACGCUAGAGAGCAAGCAUUCCUGACAACACAGAUGCUGAACUACAAUGAGGACCUCUGGAUCGGCAUGAAUGAUGUCAACAUGGAGAUGCGUUUUCUGUGGACGAACGGCAUAGGCGUUUCAUACACCAACUGGGCAAAAGGAUAUCCAUCAACGGUAUAUGACUGUGUGAUUAUGAUCGCCAGCGAACCCAGAAUGAAAGGACUCUGGAAGGAGAUAAACUGUGCGACGUCCCUAGGCUUCAUCUGUAAAAGAAACUUGGAUUCUCAGAUCGUAGUCCCGCCCACAACCGUGUUACCAAAGGCUUUCUACAAACUUGGCAAUGACUCCUACAAAAUGGUCACCCAGAAGAUGAAAUGGGAUGAGGCAAGGAGGCAGUGCCAGGCAGAUGAUGCAGAUCUGGCCAGUAUCUUAAACCCUGUCACCCAGGCAUAUAUGAUCUUGCAGAUUUCCAAGCUCAAAGAGCCUGUGUGGAUCGGCCUCAACAGCAAUGUGGAAAAGAUUCAUGGCCGGUUCAAGUGGGCCGAUAACUGGCGGUUGUUAUAUACCAAAUGGGGCAAAAAUGAGCCUAAAGACAACUUUGCCUGCGUGUAUAUGGACGUGGACAAUACAUGGAAGACUGCACCAUGUAACAAUACCUACUAUUCGAUUUGCAAGAGGUCACCAGACAUAGCAGCGACUGAUCCCCCACAACUCCCCGGCAACUGUCCAGAAUCAAAGAGACAAAUAUCCUGGACACCUUUCAGAGGCCAUUGUUAUUCCUUCAUCAAAUCAUUGGUGGGCAGCUGGCCCCAUGCCUCAGUUGAAUGUCUGAAAAUGGGUGCUUCUCUGAUGAGUAUUGAGGACCCUCAGGAGAAUCUAUUCCUACAACAAAACCUGGAACUUAUGCAGGACGGUGCCACGUCCUUCUGGAUCGGCCUCAUCAAGACUCAUGAAGGUGAGUGGAUGUGGAUCGAUAACAGUGCUGUGGACUACGUCAACUGGAAAACAAAAAUGCCAAAGUUAGACUCAUGUGUGAACAUCGAUUCUCACAGUGGUCAGUGGAGUACAGAGAGCUGCACCAGAUACAAGUCGUACAUCUGCAAAACAGCCAAAGUUAUUACACCUACACAAAAGCCACCAUCUGUUGCCCACAUCAUUGAGGAAGUUUCUCAUGGGUCUGCUGGCAUCACUGUUGCUGUAGUGCUCGUUGUAAUCGCCGUAUUUGGACUCGGUGCCUUCCUGUUCUUCCGUAAACGGAUACCCAUGCCUGACUUGGGAGAAAGUACCUUUGACAACAAGUUAUACUUCAACAAUCCAAUCCGAGCCCUUGUAGACACCAAGGGUCUGGUGGCCAACAUAGAGCAGAAUGAACAAGCAUAGAAAGACAUGAUCAGUGGUAAUCAGCACUAUGAACAUUAUAUAAUUUCAUACUUUAUUUUGCACCACUUUACUGGGAACUGAAUCUCAAACAAACCCUGUUGUGUUUUCCCAUUUAAUCACUGGAUCAAUGCUGAUAAUUCAGAAUUAUUAUCUAAUAAUUCAUACAAGCACUGGCGCUGCAAUAAGGGGAUUAGGGAAAAGAUAAUAUAAGUGGACAAUCUAUAGCACAUUUUACAUGAUUAUGCGAUUUGUGAAAUAUGUACAGUUUAUUUUUUACUUUUACCAAACAAGAUAAUCAAGAACAUUUCUAGACCAGUUCAAGAUGUGCAAUUAACUGGGUGGCUUGUUAUUAUUCUCCAUAAUCUGCUCAUCAUUGUAUUUCUGGUUUGUAAAUAGAUGCUCGAUAAAACAAAUUAAAUAAACAAAACUGAAUCAUU